UGCACUUUUGUUUAAGGCUAUUUAUAACCAAAUGUAUACGUUUCGAACUGUUACGUCUUUCCAAAAGCAAACACUCCACUAGUUGUGUUGACGGCCUAGCUACUAAAUUCGAUAAAGUACGUACAUACUAUACCUUAUUAUAUAUAUAAAAAAAAGUAGCUUAUUUAAACUUUAUAAUGAGUCUAAUGACGGAGAAGGUUGUGUUAUUGACUGGUGCUUCCAAAGGUAUUGGGCUCGCAACUGCUCAGGCUCUUCGAAACAAAUCCAAAGUAGUUGCUGUUAGUCGAAGUUUGACAAAAGAAUUGGAAGCUUUGCUUCUACAACAUCCAGAUUCCUUCGUUCAUGUGCAGGGUGAUGUUACAAAGACAGCUCAGUCUAGUGUAGAAACGGCUAUUUCAAAGUUCGGCCGUCUUGAUGCCAUUGUUUUAAACGCCGGUCUUGUUAAUCCCAUUUCGAAAAUUGAAGAUGCAGAUGUAAAUCAAUGGCGCACUUUAUUUGAGGUCAAUUUCUUUAGCGUAGUCGAGACGGUCAAGCAAGCGAUCCCUCAUCUACGCAAAACAAAAGGUUCUAUUGUCAUUGUAUCUUCUGGGGCCGCUGUUCGACCCUAUCCAGCUUGGACGGCCUACUGCACCUCAAAAGCUGCUAUCAACAUGCUUGUUACGAGUCUUGGAAGUGAGGAGCCAGAUAUAAUGAGCGUUGCUGUACGCCCCGGUGUUGUUGACACUCCCAUGCAAGAAAUCAUUCGUGACGAGCAAAACAAAUCAGCCAUGGGAGAUAUGCAUGAUUAUUUUAAAGAACUCAAGUCUUCCGGCAAGCUGGUGUCCCCUCAUGACGUUGCGAAAGCUCUUACUUAUUUGGCUAUGAACCCAAGUGAUAAGAUUACUGGUCAAUUUGUUGAGUGGAAGUCCUUUGUUGAAUGAAUCGUUCCAACACGUUCCUAUUGACGAUUAAGCUAGAUUAUGAUUCUUUUAUAUCUUUCUCAGGUAAUUUGUGAAUGAACACUGU